AUGGAGGAGGAUUCAACGUUCUUCGACCGCGAACGCGAUAGACUGACGGGAGAAAUUACGACCGCUUUUGAGGAACUGCUAUCCUCGAGCAACAAUCUCAACCGCAAACUCGAGGAAGUUUUGGGUAUGACGAGAGAAUACGAGACAAUCGCUGCCCUGUGGUCGAGCUUUCAUGAGCUCAUGCGCGGUCAACGAGACGAGCCUGAGGAGCCAACGGCAGAGCAUCCGCAAGGAUUACCAGGGACAGGAGGGCAUGUUAUCGCCGCGAGGUCAGGUAGUACAGGUCCUGGCGGUCAAAAUGAGGGAUGA